UUGCCCCUACUCUUCGAUAAAGAGCAGAUAUUAUUGCAGAAUUUCUAUCUAACUGUGUUAUUAUCAAGUCUUCUGCUAACCGUCAGAUUCAACGAUUGAAGGCUCCAAAAAGUUUUUUUGAUUUUCUUCAGUUUGAUAAGUGUGUGAUGAAAGCUAUCCUUUUAUUUAUACUUAACCUCUUCGCCAGUUCGAUCAAUUAUCAUCAAUUAUCUUAAUGUCUCAAUGAUAGGUUAAAUAUUUUUAAUGGGAUGAAAAAAAUUGAUCUAAUUUAAACGACAUUCAGUAAUCAAUUAGGUAUACAUAAAAAUGAGCUUGAAAAGAACUGUGGACGAAAUGCACCGAGAGUUUCAAGAAGUUAGAAAACGCAUUGAAAAUCUUAGUGAAUCAGAUGUUCUCUCUAGCUCACUAUGGAUCAUACAAAGAAAAUACUUGUAUCUGGGUAAAAUGAUAAUUAUUAUAGAUUUACAGUAUGCCUUGAGAUGUAUGGUUGAACAAGAGUUGUGGAAUUAUGGCUUUAAACAUUUCAUAUCAAUUUUGCAAAAGAUGUCUAAAAACGAAAAAAAUAGUCAAAGAUCUGAUGCCCAAUGUAUUUUGACUCAGAUUCUCGAUGAAGCUUACGGAUUCUAUUUGAAUCUCUUGGAUCACUUUUGUCUAUCUUAUGACUUAAAAGUACCAUUUCGCCGAAAUAAAUAUAUGGGAAUAGACUCGGAAAACAAUACAAAAACGAAUUCAGAUGAAAAUUUCAAAUCUUUAUGUUAUUUCAUAUGCACACACUGUUUAGUGCACCUAGGAGAUUUAGACCGAUAUAGAAAUCAACUUAAUGAAGCAGAAUUAUUUUAUCGACAUGCUCAAUCUGUUUCACCAACAAGUGGACAUGCUUACAACCAAUUAGCAUUAUUGGAUGUAAUACGCUCAAACAAGCUUGGAACUGUGUUUCAUUAUGUACAAGCAAUUAUGUGCCAACAUCCAUUUGGACCAUCAAUACCUAAUUUAUUCAGAACACUUGAAACUAUUCCUGAUAUCAAUAUCACGAAUCCAUACAUCGAACUUACACAAGACGAAUUAAUUAAUAUUUUUCUUUACUUCCACAAAAUUCUUCACACAAAUUGCACACAAAAUGCACAGAAGCGCUCAGGUCUAGUAAAAUUUUUAAAUUUACGAAUCCUUGCAAUGGUAGCAACAAAUUCUUUCAGUAGCAGUAUAUUGCUACAAAUGUUUGUCAUAAAUUUAUUUAGUAUUGAUUACUUGAAACUUUGUCCAACAAAUGACUGCAAUUCGAAACUAUCUGGUGAACAACAGAAAGCUAAACAAGAUAUUCUUAAAUUAAUAGUUGGUCAAUUGGAUGCAAUGUUACUCGCAAAUUAUACGAUAACUGACAGUUUAAUUGGUAACAAUGCCUUACCAACAAUUAAAUUAUGCUUCCAAUGGAUUUCAACAAGAUCUUCCAUUUUAAAUGAACCAGCUUUUUCAGAACAUUCUAAGAUUUGGAAAGGAUUUUGCACCGUUUUAAACAUUUUGCAGAUUGUUCUGUCGGAUUCGGAACGCCCUUCAUUUCCAGUUGGUUAUCCACUUCCAGAAGAUGUUUUAGUGCAAGGAUUUUCCCCACUCGAAGAUUGUUUAAAAGAAUUAAAUUUCACAGAGUCUGAUAAUAAUCAGAGGUUGGAUUCACAAACUGAGAUGUAUCUCCGUGUCGCGCGUCUUAUUGAACUUGGACAUAGUUUUACGAGUCAUCUCGUCAAUGGUGCUCCCUUAAUCAAAUACGUAGGUGGUCAGUUCGUUGUUUAUAAUGCUGCAGCUGAACAUGUUGAAUCCUAUAAUCCUACGAUUGAACCAGAAGUACUGGAUUUCACCAAUGAAACAAAUCAGUUGGAUGAUAGGCACACUCAGGGUACUUCAUCGGAUUGCAGAAUCAUUCCAGCUUUUAAUCUUUUGAGUAUUGGACAAGAAAGUAAUGACAUUUUAAGACCAGAAUGUUCGUCAGGACGUUCUGUCGAGAAAAUGCCUAAGAACGAUGACCCAAUGAAGAUAGAGCCAAAUCAUCCAGAUUCUGCUGAAGGUAGAAUUCGUCGAAAUCUUAGAUCUUUCAAAAAUGCUGCGAUUCAUUCGAUUUUAAAUCUCCAAAAAAAUGGUCAAAUCAAUGAAAUGACAAGAGAUCAAGAUUUUAAUAGUGGAGCUACAUCUUAUCAUUCUCCAACGAAACAAAAUUACGAAAAUGUUGAAAAAAGGAUCUAAUCAUCGGUGACGAUCUAUCACCGGAGAUGAGCUAUUCUGCCUUACAAGAUGACUUUGAUCCCUCAUAUUUUAAAGCAACGUCAAC